CCGGCGGCCGGAGCCCAGCGCAGCCCGCGGCACCCGGCGGGGACGGCAGUGAGCAUGCAGAGUCCCGAGGGUGGAUCAGACUCAGCAGCUUCCGUGGCGCUUCACACGUCGGCCGCAGCCCAGGCCCCGGUGGUGCAGCCGGUGCCAGCCUCGCAGCAGAGGGUUUUGGUCCAAGCUACAGGCUCCGCUCCCAAAGGGGCGCAGAUGCAGCAAAUCUCUGUUCCCAGAGUCCAGCAGGUUCCACAACAGGUGCAGACCGUGCAGCACGUUUAUCCAGCCCAGGUGCAGUAUGUGGAAGGAGGAGAAGCUGUUUAUACCAAUGGAACCAUACGAGCCGCCUACUCCUACAGCAGCGAGGCGCAGAUUUACGCUCCCGCCAGCGCCGCGCCCUAUUUCGAAGCGCAGGGAGGAGGUGGAGCUCAGGUGACUACAGCGGCAUCCUCUCCUACAGCCAUUCCCUCUCACAACAUGGUGGGCAUCACCAUGGACAUUGGGGGAAGUCAGAUCCUCUCCGGCUCGGGAGCCUAUCUCAUUCAUGGGGGGCUGGAGAACUCUAGACAUUCUCUGUCACACACCUCACGCUCCUCUCCAGCAACGCUUGAAAUGGCGAUUGAAAACCUACAAAAAAAUGAAGGGAUUACAUCACACAAAAGCAGUUUGCUCAACAGCCAUCUGCAGUGGCUGCUGGAUAACUACGAGACAGCAGAAGGUGUGAGCCUGCCCCGGAGCUCCCUGUACAACCAUUACCUGCGGCACUGCCAGGAGCACAAACUGGACCCCGUCAACGCCGCGUCCUUCGGGAAGCUCAUCCGCUCCGUCUUCAUGGGGCUGAGGACUCGGCGCCUGGGCACCAGGGGAAAUUCCAAAUAUCACUACUACGGGAUCCGCCUGAAGCCGGAGUCGCCGCUGAACCGCCUGCAGGAGGACACCCAGUACAUGGCCAUGAGGCAGCAGCCCAUCCACCAGAAGCAGAGGUACAGAGCAGCCCAGAAGAUGGAUGGGAUGGCAGAGAGUGCAUCCAACAGCAACCCCCACACCACCCCUGAGCAGUCAGUGGCUGCUCAGAGCCAGCACCACCAGCAGUUCAUAGAUGUAACCCAUGUCUUUCCCGAGUUCCCAGCCCCUGAUCUCGGUAACGUCCUCUUACAAGAAGGUUUCACCUUGAACGACGUGAAAACUCUGCAGGUUCUCUACAGGAGACACUGUGAGGCCACUCUGGAUGUCGUGAUGCACCUCCAGUUUCACUACAUCGAGAAGCUGUGGCAAUCCUUCUGGAGUCCCAAGGCACCCCCUAGUGAUGGCCCCACUGCUCUGCCUUCCAGUGAAGAGGAACCUGAAGGGACUCUCCCAAAGGACAAACUGAUCACCCUGUGCAAGUACGAGCCCAUCCUCAAGUGGAUGAGGAGCUGUGACCACAUCCUGUACCAGGCCCUGGUGGAGAUCCUCAUCCCUGACGUGCUCAGGCCAGUGCCCAGCACGCUGACCCAGGCGAUCCGGAACUUUGCCAAGAGUCUGGAAGGGUGGCUGAUGAAUGCCAUGAGUGAAUUCCCCCCACAGGUCGUGCAGACCAAGGUGGGGGUGGUGAGUGCCUUUGCCCAGACCCUGCGCAGGUACACGUCCCUCAACCACCUGGCGCAGGCGGCGCGCGCCGUGCUGCAGAACACGUCCCAGAUCAACCAGAUGCUCAGCGACCUCAACCGCGUGGACUUCGCCAACGUGCAGGAGCAGGCCUCGUGGGUGUGCCAGUGUGAGGAGGGCAUGGUGCAGAAGCUGGAGCAGGAUUUCAAGCUGACUUUGCAGCAGCAGAGCUCUCUGGAUCAGUGGGCCAGCUGGCUGGACAAUGUUGUCACUCAAGUGUUGAAGCAUCAUGAGGGCAGCCCCAGCUUCCCCAAGGCAGCCAGGCAGUUCCUGUUGAAGUGGUCCUUCUACAGCUCCAUGGUGAUCCGUGACCUCACCCUGCGCAGCGCCGCCAGCUUUGGCUCCUUCCACCUGAUCCGCCUGCUCUAUGAUGAGUACAUGUUCUACCUGGUGGAGCAUCGUGUGGCCCAGGCCACGGGGGAGACCCCAAUUGCAGUCAUGGGAGAGUUUGGUGACCUCACAUCCCUGUCCCCGACACUGCUGGACAAAGAUGACAUCGGCGAGCUGGGCACCGAGGCGGAGCCGGAGCGGGCGCUGGGGGAGCCGCUGGUGAAACGGGAGCGCAGCGAGCCCGGCCACUCCCUGCAGGACAUCUGACACCGGGACAGCCAUCCGGAGCCUGGCUGGGUGUGCCGAGCCUGCGCCUCCCCGGAUCUGCGUUAUUAUAGUGCCUCUUAGUUUCUCUUUAUGUUUACUUGUGUGUGAGGAUGGGCUGAGCCGGGGCAGGCGCUGGGACGGGGCUGGUUUGGCCACCAGUGUCCCCCCAGAGUGGAGGGAGAAGCUGCAUCUGCUCCCAAGGGAUGGAAGCUCUGUGGUCAGCAGCAGGUGGGAUGUGCCUGGCUGGGAGAAGCUGUGCUCGCUCUCAGGCCGGAGCGAGGCGCACACAGGAGGCUUCUCCGACAGGGAAGGUGCUUUGGGUUCCUUCCCCACGUCUCAGACUUCACUGUGAUACAAACUUGAACCAAUCAGUGCCCAAGAAGAAGGAAAAAUCCCCGGCCCUUCUCCUCCAGCCCUUCCAGACAAGCUGUCCCGGCUCUGGCUUUGCCAAAUCUCUCGUCCCAGGGAGCGCAGGGCCAUUGGUGUCUCCUGUCCCUGGGGAGAGGCUCCAGGCUGCCCAUCCCAGUGGGCACAGGCGUGCUCUGGGACUAUGGGAUGAGCAUUCCCACCUGCUCCCGUGUCUGCCCAGCUCAGCACUUCACCCCAAUGCUCCUGGGACGCCGUCGGGCUGACUCAAGAUACCAAAGGACUCCGAGGCAGUGACAGCUGGAGGCAGAACCUGUUCAUUGUCCCCCGUGCCACAAUGCCUGGGGGCAAUCCCAUGGCAAUCCCAUGGCAAUCCCAUGGCAAUCCCAUGGCAGUCCCAUGGCAAUCCCAUGGCAGUCCCAUGGCAGUCCCAUGGCAAUCCCCAUCCUCCACGGUGCCCAGGCAGACAGGAACUGGUCCCACAUCCUGGGGUUUGUGAAAUUCCCACUCCAUGUCCUGCCCAGACGGAGCAGGGGCGAGGGUGUGUGACCACUGUGCCUUAGGGUGGGCCUUGUUCCCAUUUCCCCUGCUCGGGGUGGCCCAGCAGAGCUCAGACUGGCCCAGCAGAGCUCAGACUGGCCCAUCAGAGCUCAGACUGGCCCAGCUCAGC